AUAAAAGGCAACAAAGAUUCUUCUUCAAUCUAUCUCUCUCCUAGGGUUCAAUUUCGUCUCUCCCUUACACACACAUACCAAAUCUCGUACCAGUGUUUCACUUGUCUUUGAUUCUUGCGACAACUUUCCUGUUAGGUUGAAAAGUAUUAUGUUUACUGGGCGAAUCCAGUUACCAGUCUCUGGAUUUUUUAGCCCGUCUCAAUCCUUUAUUGGGUGGGGGACCUACCUUACAUCCCGUUCUUAGGAAGUAGCUAUGCAACUGGGUGGAGCAAAAGACUCCCAAAACCGAGACAGCAGUAACCAGAAGGUCCACCCACAACCUAUGGAAGAGGCUGCAAACCAAAAUCCUGAAGCUGUUGAAGCUUUAGUCUCAAAAAUAUUCACAAACAUUUCUUCCUUGAAGUCAGCUUACAUCCGUCUCCAGGCCGCACAUACUCCUUACGACCCUGACAAGAUCCAAGCUGCCGAUAAGCUCGUAAUUUCUGAGCUUAAGAAUCUCUCUGAACUCAAACAUUUUUACAGAGAGAAUAAUCCAAGACCCACGUACAUAUCUCCUCAAGAUUCUCGUUUGGCUGCUGAAAUUCAAGAGCAACAGAGUCUUUUGAAGACGUAUGAAGUCAUGGUAAAGAAAUUUCAGUCAGAAAUCCAUAAUAAAGACUCUGAAAUAGUUCAGUUACAACAACAUAUUCAAGAGGCAACUCUAAAACGUGCUAAACUCGAAAAGAAUUUAAAACUGCGGGGUUUAUCGUCAUCUUCUAAAGCGUCUGAGGGCUCCGUUGAUGAAAAUGAAGCAUGUUCUACAGAUUUGACCCCUGAACUCUUCAAGUCAGCCGUCGAGGUUGCUUCUAAAGCCAUUCAUGAUUUUUCCAAACCAUUAAUAAACAUGAUGAAGGCUGCUGGUUGGGACCUUGAUGCAGCUGCUAACUCGAUCGAACCGGAUAUUGUUUAUGCAAAACGGGCCCACAAGAAAUAUGCAUUCGAAUACCAUAUCUGCCAAAAGAUGUUUAGUGGGUUUCAACAAGAAUACUUUGGUCUGAAAUCAGAAGAUGAUGUCAAAACAAGUAAAGAAAGCUUCUUUCAGCAGUAUCUUUCUCUACGGGAAAUGGAUCCACUUGAUUCUGUUGGGCAAAACCCCGAUUCAGAUUUUGGAAAAUUUUGCAGGAGCAAGUACAUACUUGUGGUCCAUCCAAAAAUGGAAGCUUCAUUUUUUGGUAAUUUGGAUCACAGAAACUACAUAAUGGGAGGUGGCCAUCCAAGAACACCGUUUUAUCAAGCUUUUCUUAAGUUAGCAAAAGCAAUCUGGCUUUUGCACCGUUUGGCUCAUUCUUUUGAACCCGUAAUCAAGGUUUUUCAAGUGAGCAAAGGGACAGAGUUUUCCGAGGUUUACAUGGAUAGCGUGGUUAAAAAUUUCGCUGUGGAUGAAAAUGUUGAGAAGCCGAAGGUUGGUCUAAUGGUAAUGCCUGGUUUUGGAAUUGGAGGAAGCGUGAUUCAGUGUCGGGUUUACCUGACUGGAAUUAAGGAAAUUGAAUAACCCCUUUGCGGUUAUCUCAAAAGUUGUAGUAAGAUGAAAUGUAUAAUGUGUUAUUCGUGUGCUAUUAUGUCUGCCUUUAAUCAUGUGGUGUAUUUGGUUUAUACUAAAUACCAACUAGUUCUGAAUGAAACUGAAGAUGUCAUGUGUUGUAUUGCCUGCACCUCCAUUACAGGUGAUUUGUAUCGUACGAUUGGGUUAAAGCAUGAGUAAAGAAACAAACAGGCCAUAAGUGUUAUAUAGAAUUGUAAUGUUUUGUUAUUAUGUAUAUUAAGCUUUUUAGUUGUUGAUUUA